AACUGUGCACGCUUUAAUACAAGGUGGUGCGGAUCCGAACCAACAGGACAUGCAGGAGAACACGGCCUUACAUAAUGCUGCUACAUAUGGUCAUCCCGAGUGUGUGAAAGAGCUUCUGACGGCCGGUGCAGACAGCACUGUUCGAAACAAAGACGGCAAAGCAGCAGAAGAAGUAGUUGGACAGCAUUUAGGAUGUCGAGAGCCUGUUACACCUGAACAUAGAGAGGCCGUGCUCAAAGCUUUUCGAGAAUACCAAGGUAAGACAAAAAUGUGGCUCGGAAAUUGGUACAAAAAUAUAAAAUGUCGUGCAGAAGACGCAUGAGACAGCUCAUCGGACCAGAGAGACUGCAACACGUCAGGUCGCUUCCUCUACCCAACCGGCUGGUCGACUAUCUCCUUUUUAUCAACUAGUCUGAAUGCGCUAUUACUCCUGUCGUAUUACAAUCUUAACUUGAAAAUUAGUCUAUGUUAGCAAACGUCAGUUUGAAUUAAAGUUGAACUUUAAAUUUUAUUUUUUAUUUUAUUUACUCUUUGUAAAAGAAUGUCAAAUCUUCAUUGUAAACAUAAAG